AUGUCGCAACCGCCGGAGUAUGCGGCUGCUGCUGCUGCCCUCCGUUCGACCCCAGCACAAAUGGCGGCUGCGAUCACGAUCGAUCUAGUGAUAGCAUCGCAGCGUGAAGCGAAUUUUCUACGAAUGAUCGAUCGAAAAGCACCGUUGCUUUAUGAGGUGGAUGUAGUGAAUCAAGCCAUUCGACGAUAUGAGACCUGUUGGCUUCCUAUGCAGGCUGCUCAUCCUGAUAUGAAUGUCAUUCCUCCCUUGGAUGUGCACUGGGUAUGGCAUACUCACAUGCUAAGUCCACUUCAUUAUCAAGAGGAUUGCGAAAAGUUAUGCGGGAAGGUCAUCGAUCACAAAUUACUAUCGUCGGACGAGAUUCAGAAAAGGUACGAGUCAUCGGUACGAGCGUGGGACACGUACUGCAGCCCAGAACCGUACGAUUUUCUCGCUUCACCUGCUGCAUCACCUUCCUACAAAUCAACAUGUGGCUAUGACAUAGCAGCCGCAGUACAACGUCAACGAAAUUUUAAUUAUCAAGUCUCACUGCCUCAUUACACCUCGACGAAAUUUCUCACCGAAGCGGUGAAACGAUAUAUACAAUUCCUACUACUGAAACAAACAUAUUCGGAUCAAUUUCUCACUCCUUGCUAUGAUUUCGAUAUCGUCUGGCAUACACAUCAGGUACAUCCUCACAGCUAUUUACGGGACUGCACGGCAAUAUUCGGUUCUUUACUGAAACAUGACGAUACGGUGAAUGAUCGGACCAAAGGUAGUAAACUAUUGAAAGGAGAAGCUCUGACCAAGAAAUUAUGGGCCACUCAUUUCGAAGAACCAUUCUGGAGACGUGGAUGCAUGUUCAGAGGCCACAACGCUCCAGCUUUUCUCGGAUUCGAGACGCAAGAUCUGUCGAACAUUGCCUACGGAGAUGUACAUGUUCCAUCAAUAGCACUGAAAGAUAUACCUGUCCAGAGGGAACAAUUAAGGUUAAAACUUAGCUAUGGGAACAAAAAAGUGACAACUUUCAAUGCGGAUCUAUCACAAAAACAGGUAACCAAAUCUGGUUUUUCAUUAGUAUGGCAGCCUACAGACGCCUCAACAUCAGCAUCUAUAGUCAAAUUUCCAUUCGAGCGGCGAGUAUCCAAGGAUCUUCUUGUGGAGCUGGAAGUGUUCGACAAGAUGUUCUUGCAACGAAAAGAUAUGAUACGAUUGGUAGGAAAAGUAUCACUAGAUAAGUUAUUACCGCCAACCAACUCGAAAUCAGCUCAUAAUGUAGCUGAGGUGUGUUUGAAGUCGAAAGAUGUUGAGCCGGAGAUGAGUGCGAGGGUUAGCGUUACGACAAGUGUGACACUUAACCGAGAGCUACAGUUGAUUGCUGGGGAAUUUAUGGAACAUCAAGUACAGUCCGACUCCCAUUUAUCCUAUUUAUGUCAAUGUGCUGCUCUAAAUCGAGGUGGCCUGACCCCAACCACUACCGUACAUAUUGCCACACAUAGCGUUGUUGACACAAGAGACGGUGCAAAGUAUACGGUACAAGUGGUACAUUCUGCGGCGCUAUUGUUGUCAAUGAUACUAGUAUACGGUAGAGAACAACGGUUACUUGCUAUGGCACAUUUGAUUGGCGCAGAUUCAUUGCCUAGUCGAGAUCAAUUGGACAGUAAUCUGCAAUUUUUGCCGCAUUUAUCGAAUGCUGACGAACGAGCGUUUGUGAUAGUAAAUAGGGAUGGUGACUAUGCAAUUGUUAAAGGUCGAUGGACUGGUUUUUCUCGAAAACAGCCAGCGUCAAAAGGCCAAAAGGCUAAACCAGGCUCAGCUGGUCGACUACUUGUGGAUGCGUUCAAUUUGUUAAAGAAUACAGUGCAAAAAAUUGAAGUUCCAUCACCGGAAGGUUCGACGUUGUUUGUCAUUGGAGAUGCUCAAGCUCGCCUACCUGGGAAACGAAUCGAAUGUCGAUCGACGAACACCGCUGAACAAAUUGCUUCAGUCUUCUGUGUUGCCACACUUUUUGUGCUUUGUAAUCCGGACAAGGUUCGUUCACGUAAUGACAGUACCUCGGUAGGACAUCAAGCUCAUAAAUGGCCACUUACCUUGGCAUGUGGUUACGGUCGACAAUUGCCGUCAACUCGGGUUCUACAGUCACAGGAUGCUGAAGGUGCCUCUUUACAAGGCCUUGAACUUGCACCACUGAUGAUGGCAAUGUGCGGUCCAAGUGGAUGUGACGGCGCAGCGUGCGGAGCUUGCGGGGCCUGCGGAGCGUGCGGUGCAUGCGGUGGUUGUGGAGGAUGUGGCGGAUGUGGCGGUUGUGGUGGAUGCGGAUAG